CAAUAUUUAAUUGAUUAAUGAUGAAUAUAGUUUUAUUAGUGGUUCUAGUGGUUUAGCUUUAAGCUGAUAAAUUGAUAUAGAUACAAGCAUUAUGGAGACAUGGUGCAAGAACACCAAUAUUUUGUAAUUGGAAUUGUAUGUAUUUCCGAAGUCAUGAAAUGCUUGAAGGUUAUUUAACACCAACAGGAAUGAGGUAACAUUAUGUUUUAGGAUAAUGGAUGAGAAAAAGAUAUGUAGAAGAUAAUAAGUUAUUGAGUGAAACAUUUAAUGCAUCAGAAAUAACAAUAUAUGCUACAGAUGUGAAUCGUACAAUAAUGAGUGCAAUGAGUAAUUUCUAAGGAAUGUAUCCAAAUAAUGGUCCUGAUGUUCCAAAUAAUGUUGAGGAUUCAUUUCUUAAACCACCCAAUCCAAAUGCUGAGCCAGAUUUAGAUAUUGGAAAAUCAGCUUUAAGAUUUAACAUUUAGGUUCUACCAAUUCAUAUGAGAGCAGGUCUAACUGAUAUUCAAUUAAGAGCUUAUGGAGCACCCUAAUGUGCAUAGGCAGCAACAUUUUAGAUUGAAAAUUAACAUACAGAUUUAGUUAAAAAUGUUUCAGAAAAGGCACAUGAUACAUUAAUCUAAUUUUGCAAUGAAAUGAACAUUGAUCCACAAAACUUUACAAUAUUCAAUAUGUCUGAAUAUAUGGAUACAUUCUAUUCCAGUAUUUAUAAUGAUUAUCCAAUGCCUCCAAAUUUGAAAAAAGAAACAUAUGAUAAAGCAGAUGCAGCUUAUUCUUUAACUAUCGCAUUAAAAUUAUAUUAAACAUGGAAGUAUAUUAUUAUUACUUAACUAUAGAUAAAUUACAACUUAAUCAGCUCCAUUUUUUGAUUAAUUAUUUGAAUACACAGAAAAAACUUUAAAUAAAAGUUCAGCAUUCAAAUAUAUUGUAUACUCAGCUCAUGAUGUUACAGUUUAAUUAAUUGCUUCUGCUUUAAAUAUAACAUCAGCUGAAUGUAUGGCUUAAGUUUAUCUUGGUUAAGAAGUAUAAAAUAAGAAUUGUAUUUACACUUAUCCUGGAUUUGCUUCCAAUAUUAUUUGGGAAUUAUGGUAAAAUGAAACUAGUAAUGAAAAUUACUUUAAGAUUCUUUAUAAUGGUACUGAAAUGAAUCUAUGCAAUAAAAAUUCUACUAAGUGUUCCUAUAAAGAAUUUAAAGAAUUAAUCCAAACUCAAAAAGGUGACUUUUAAAAAGAUUGUGAUAUUGAAAUCGAACCUAUAGUAACAUAUUUAUUAUAAUUAUUUCUAAGAUUGAAUAUAGAGUACCUGUUUGGAUGAUCACACUUACUAUUAUAUUUAUUCUUGUCAUUGUUGGAUUCUGUUUUUAUGGCAUUUACUUAUAUAAGCAAAUCAGAUAGGAUAAAACUUUAUUGAGCUAGAAUGCAUGAGUUUUUAAAUUUAAUAUAUAAAAUAAUCAAAAUAUUA